AUGAAGAGACUGGGCAGCAAGAAGCCGCAAAAAACUGUGAAAAAGCCCAAGAAUGGGACCUUUUGGAAUCGCGUACAGGCGCACUUCUACGACUUCGUGACGAACAUGAAGUUUGAGGUGUUCAUCAUCACCUGCAUCUUCAUCAACAUGAUCUUCAUGGCCAUGGAGCAUUACCAGCAACCACCUCAGGUGCGGGACAUGCUAGAGGUCGUCAACAUCGUGUUUACUGUGAUAUUUACUGUGGAGUUUAUUCUCAAGAUCAUCGGUCUUCGCUGGUACUACUUCGUCAUUCCAUGGAACGUGUUCGACUUCAUUGUAGUUGUUGUGUCCUUGCUAGGUACGUUCAGUGAUCAGCAUACGGUGUUCGCUGCACUCAUAGUCAACAUGCAGCCAGAGAGGGAAGCCAACCUGUAUGGUUACCUCUAUUUUGUCUUGUUCAUCAUCUUCGGCUCCUUCUUCACGCUCAACCUGUUCAUCGGUGUGAUCAUUGACAAUUUCAACAUGCUCAAGAAAAAGUACGAAGGUGGCAUCGUGGACGUGCUACUGACCGCCAGCCAGCGCAACUACUACAACACCAUGAAGAGACUGGGCAGCAAGAAGCCGCAAAAAACUGUGAAAAAGCCCAAGAAUGGGACCUUUUGGAAUCGCGUACAGGCGCACUUCUACGACUUCGUGACGAACAUGAAGUUCGAGGUGUUCAUCAUCACCUGCAUCUUCAUCAACAUGAUCUUCAUGGCCAUGGAGCAUUACCAGCAACCACCUCAGGUGCGGGACAUGCUAGAGGUCGUCAACAUCGUGUUUACUGUGAUAUUUACUGUGGAGUUUAUUCUCAAGAUCAUCGGUCUUCGCUGGUACUACUUCGUCAUUCCAUGGAACGUGUUCGACUUCAUUGUAGUUGUUGUGUCCUUGCUAGGUCUCGUGCUGGCUGACCUGAUGCGCAGCGUCUUCAUCACGCCAACACUGCUGCGCGUCAUCCGAGUCUUCCGCAUCGGCCGCGCCCUGCGUCUCAUCAAGGCGGCGAAGGGCAUCCGCAAGCUGCUAUUCGCUCUCAUCAUCUCGCUGCCAGCGCUCUUCAACAUCGGUGCUCUGCUCUUUCUCAUCAUGUUCAUCUACGCGAUCAUCGGCAUGACGUCGUUCGGCAACCUGAAGCACUCGGCCGUGCUCAACGACAUCACCAACUUCGAGACGUUCGGCAACAGCAUGCUGCUGCUCUUCCGGCUCUGCACGUCGGCCGGCUGGAACGACGUGCUCGAGCCGCUGAUGUCGCCGCCCGACGACUGCAGCUCGAACUUCACGGGCAAGCCGUCGACGGAGGCGGGCGGCUGCGGCAUGGCGUGGCUCGCCGUGCCGUAUCUCACCUCGUACAUUCUCAUCGCGUUCAUGAUCAUCAUUAACAUGUACAUCGCCAUCAUACUCGAGAACUUCAACCUCGCGCACGCGCAGGAGGAGGUCGGCAUCACCGAGGACGACAUCGACAUGUUCUACGCGCACUGGGCGCGCUUCGACCCGCACGCGACGCAGUUCAUACACUACGGCGUGUUGUCGGACUUCGUCCAUGGACUCGACCGGCCGUUCCAGAUCACCAAGCCGAACACGGUGGCGCUGACGUCGUUCAACAUCCCGAUCGUCGAGGACGACAAGCUGCAUUGUCUCGACGUCGUGCGCGCAUUGACUAAGUACGCGAUGAACGACGUCGAGGAGACGGAGGAGUUCAACGUGCUGCAGCAGAACAUCGAGGAGAAGUUCAAGGAGACGUUCCCGACGCGCAAGAAGAUCACCAUCGUGUCGUCGACGAUGACGCGGCGGCGCGAGGAUCGCGCGGCGACGACGAUCCAGCGCUGCUGGCGCAUCUUCAAGCUGCAGGAGUUCAUCAACCGCUCGCGCUCGUCGCUGCACUCGCAGACGGGCGCCGUCUUCGGCAUCCGGCGCACGGCGAUGAAGAAGCUCGCCGUCUUCAAGAAGGAGAUGACGCGCAGUCCCAGUCUCAGUCAGCGGCACAGCUUCAGCCUCGCCGGCUCGCAGUCGCGCAGUCCGAGCGUGCAGCGGCCGAGUCUGAGUCUGCACGUGCCCGUUACCGAUGUCUGA